GUGGGCUGAGAAAGAUAUUGUCUAACGCGUCUGCAGCAGGCUGCCUUUCCACGUCUUGACGGAGAUGUGGUAAGCUGCAAGGUAAACGCUGAACAUGGAAGCAUUUACGGAGAUAGAAGAUGCUGACGUGCGUACUGAAGGCAACUCAAAGUACUGUAUCAUCUGCUUGGAAAGCGUUACCGCACCAACUUCAGUUAAGCUUCGCAGUAAGGUGAAUGAUGUAGCUUUACCUCUGAGUGUUGAUAAUGAAUCAGCUGAAAUCAAUGAGACUGAAGAUCAUGACAAAGAUAUUUUUGAGCCCAUUGACGAUCGGCUCUAUCACUGUAACACGCAGACAGUGAGGGCAGUGUUGUUAGCUAUACUGCAGCCGCUACAUCGGCCCCUGCCCGCAGGAGAUAUCCUCUGUCGUCGGUGCUUCUCCCUAGCAGUGAAGGUAGACACUCUCCGGAGGCAGGCCUACACGCUAGAGGCGCGGUUUCUGGCUCGGUUGGACAGUGGCGAGGCUCGUUUGGCGCCACCUGCCUCGGUGGUGAAGCGGCGGCGCGGCCGUCCUGCCUGGAUCCGAUCGUCACCGCCGGGAACUCCCCCAGAGAGCCAGAACUACAUCUCCGCGGCGCGGUCACCUCACUCCGAGCGGCUCGCAGGCUGCUCCUCUGUUUCCGAUAAAUCCGUUCUCAUAAACAUCGAGAUCCGCCGGGACGACGACGAUGGGAGCGAGGUUCAGGCGGAAUCUGAUGAGGAUGCCGCUUCUGUUGGUUCCCUUGAUCCAGAGGCGCGUGACGAUGCCAGUCCUGUGGCCUCCCCUUCGACACCCGAGCCGCCGCCGCCACCACCGGCCGACCCUCCCCCCACUUACAUCCGCGAGGAGGAGACCUCGCAGUGUGGCGUGUGCGACCUCGUCCUGGAGACCCGUGUCGCCUGUCGGGAGCACAUGCGCCAGCACCUGGCCAAGAUGGUAUACUUCUGCCCGCUGUGCCCGGUAGCCAUGAUGUCACGAAACGCCCUGGAGGCGCACGAGAUAGAGCGCCACACCGACUCCCCGCUACGGCCGUAUGGCUGCGGGCAAUGUGGUGAGACGUUCCCCACACCACGGUUCCUGAGGCGGCACCAGAAUGAGGCGCACGACCGCCGACUGCCGUGCGGCCACUGCAAGAGGACCUUCCGCCGGAGAGCGGAUCUGGAACGGCAUCAGGAUGUGCACACUGGCGCACGGCCCUACGUCUGCAACAGGUGCAAUAAGAGUUUCACCAGUCAGCCUGUGUGGAGGAAGCACCUGCGAACGCACGGCCACCGACCGAGGCCCUACCAGUGCCCCCAGUGUGGCAUGUCAUUCCUCUCGGAGCUGCACCUGGCCGUACACAGCAAGAGCCAUCGACGCACGGGACUGCGCUGUGAACACUGUGAACGCAAAUUUACCACCGAGAACCGCCUGAGGAAACAUGCCGAAACUUGUUUGAAGAGGCAUAGCUGUGAUGUCUGUGGGAAGGAGUUCACCAAGAAAGUGCUGCUGACUCAUCACAUUCGAACGCACACCGGGGAGAAACCAUUCAUCUGCGAGUACUGCGGCGUCGGGUUCGCCCAGCGAUCUAACCUGACAGCCCACCGGAGUGUCGUCCACCUGCACGAGAAGCCGUUUGUCUGUGACAUCUGUGACAAGGCCUUCACUCGGAAACUGCUGCUCACUCACCAUCAAAGGGCCGCUCACUCAGGCGAGCGGCCCGCGCGGUGCUCCAUCUGCCCGGCGUCGUUCGUCUCGACUCAGCAGCUGCGGAUACAUCAGAGGGCGCAUCAGACGUCCAAGGAGCGCUCACAUCACUGCGGCAUGUGUGCGAAGAGCUUUAACUCCGCGCAGCGAUGGAAGGCGCACGUUCUGUCAGCACACUCGGCCAAACGCCAGUUCCAGUGCUCGGAGUGCGGCAGUGCGUUCGCACGCCGUGCUCAGUUGCAGGCCCACAUGGAGCGCCAGAGCCACGGUCCAGGGCCUGGAGAGGUCAUUGACAUCCAACAGUCGGCUCAGCAUACGGUGCAGGACCAGUCCCCAUCCCAGCCGUCUCCGCCGCUGGUCCUAGAGGCGCCAGCGAGCGGACCGGUCCUCGUUGAGCCGGUGGGGGCCGACGACAUUGCCAUCUAUGAGCCGGUGCAGCUAAUAGUGAGUGAGGCGCCGCCGCUAGAGGAGGCGGGCGACUAGUGGGGCAACAUGGGACCGUCCGCAGAAGAAAUCUCGCGACUGUGUUGUGUCCGGAUACCAGAGGACGUUUCUGUAAGAUUUUUCAAGUUUGAACCAUGGAUUAUGAGAGGAUCGAUAUGGCUAUGUCCGCUAAACCGGCUGUGACGUAGUUUGUGCCAGUUAUGUACUUGUAAUAUAAAUCACGCUCCGUAA